AUGAAGAUACAUCUGACCUUAUUGGCGGCCUUGAGCCUUGAGAGUGCUUGGGCUCGUACGCCGAGAUGGCCAGUCAGCGGUUCGCAAGAGUCUUCUCUUGACACGGUUCGACCGGACACCUCUCGUCAGAUCCGACGUGCAGACAGCGAAGUAGCUUACGGCACGCUCAUUGAGGAUUGUGCCAACAAGAAGCAAAUCGCCGUCACCCUCGACGACGGGCCAUCCGAGUACACGCAGCGGGUGCUAGACGAAUUUGCCAAGUACGCGAAGGACGGCUUCAAAGCCACAUUCUUCGUCACGGGCAACAACAUGUGCCCCAUCACGGACGACCGGUGCGCCAAGAUAGUCAGAGCUGCACUGAAGGCCGGCCACCAGAUCGCGAGCCACACGUGGCGGCACGAGGACCUCGACGCGAUCGGCACGGACGCCAGGGCCGAGCAGAUGAACCUCAACAAGGAGGCCCUGGCCAAGGUGCUCGACCUCGGCGGCAAGGCGCCGACUUAUAUGCGCCCGCCGUACGGCACCUGUGGGGGCGAGUCUGGCUGUCUGAAGGACAUGGGAGAUUUGGGGUAUCACGUCGUCAAUUGGAACAUUGACACGACGGACUGGAUGUACUGCGACUCCGAGGAAGGAUGCAAGACGUCGGUGGAGCUGUUCGACUCACAGUUCGACAGCAAAAGUCAGACUGGGUUCAUUGUUCUUGAUCACGAUAUCAAGGAGUAUACUGCAUCGGUGCUGAUCCCGCAUAUCCUCAAGCGCGCCAAAGAGACUGGAUACAAAGUCGUCACUGUGGGCGAAUGCCUGAAUGACCCAAAGGAAAAUUGGUACAAGAAAUGGUGA